GCUUUUAAUGAAGUCAUUCUUCUUCGUUAACGUUAAUGCAUCUCGAAGAUAAAUGGACGGACUCUAUUCCGAAGUAAUGGACAACACAAUCUGUCUUUUGGAUUAGCUGGGAGUCUUGUUUUACUUUUUUUUCACUUUAAAGUCAUUAAAAUAAAAAAGAAAAGAGUUAAAUUCACGCUGACAAUGACAAGGAACUUUGAGGAAAAAGACAACAGAGGACCGAUAUCCCGGUAGUGUAUCAUGAAUACAGAGGGACUUGGAGAAUUACUUGCCAACACCUGAACAGUUUUGCAAGUGUCGACAAUGAACCAUUUCCUCAAUUUCUUCAGCCUCUUUUCUAAUCUGAAUGGACCUAACAAUUUUCCUGGACCCCAUCCUCCGGGACUGCAGCAUAUGAGCCAUGUGCCAAUGGCUCCAACAUUAUCAUUGGGUGUGCCUUUCAGUGAAAUUGAAAGUAUUCUAGAUAGAGGCCGAGGAGGCCUUACAAUACCUCAUUCAAUUCGUAAUCAUUUCUUGGAUCAACAACCUGGAUUCAUGUUUCCAUUCCAACCUGUACCAAGUAUUCCUCUUCAAAAUCACCAACAGCAAGGAAUGAGUCCCGGUGUACCAGUGACUGAAAUAAUUAACAUUCUCAACAGAAUGCGAGCAAAUCCCAAUCAACCUCGUUUUGAGUCUGAGACUCGGGAUGGCCAAUCAUCAAACCAAAUAAACAACCAUUUAAGCUCUAAAAAUCCACCAAUUCCUCAGGAGCAUAUCCAUUCUCAGAGAAAAUCCAAGCAAGUAAAUGAUCAUUCGGAACAUGCUCAUUCUCAUGUUCAUACUGAAUCGCAAGACACACAGGCAAGGGAAAUUGAUUCUCGAAUUGCUUCGCAAGCUUUAUCGACUCAUUCAAAGGGUGCUUUUAAUGAGAAACAUACUCAUCACCGGUCUGAUUCAAAGAGUAUGACCUCUAAGCAUGUUGAACAUCUAAAUUCCAAAGGGGACCAUAGUGAUCAUAAUCACCUUGCAAAGUCUAAAGCAUCUUUAAUUGAAUCUAUACUGAAAGAUACGGAAGACAAGGACCAGGAAAAAACAACUACAUUGGAUCACGGUAGCAAGGCACUGAUAAAACGUUUUAAGGACCCUAUAGGCUUUCAUCAAAUUUUGAACGACAUGGAUGUCCAAAUUUCAUCAUUAAAAAAAUCUAUUGGAAAUUAUUUGACAAAUGUGACCAAUAGCUCAACACAGGUGGAACUGGAGAGUUCAGAACAAAUAGAUUCUCUGGAUUCAGAGACGUUACAAAAUGCUUCAGUGGAAUGUGGUAAAGCUUGCCCUACCCCUGUCGAGUGUUCUUUCGGAUUUCUUCAGGGGGUGUGCCCGAGGUGUGAAUGUGCUCCAGACCCUUGUGCAGACAACACCUGUUCAGCAAACCAACAGUGCAUUCGUUUGCCUGACGAAGAAUGCUCUGACAAAAACAGUUCGCUGUGUCCUCAGAUAUACAUUUGUGAAGAAAUAGGUUGUGGCUGUCCUAGCACCUGGGAGCCCGUCUGUGGCACAGAUAAAGACGCCUUUGUUCGAACGUAUAUCAACAACUGUACGCUGAAUUGUCACAAAGUUGAGAAAGUAUACGAUGGAGAGUGCUGGUCGUCAGAGGUUCCGGUUUUUUACUUCUCAUUUAACGACACAGACGAUGACGAUGUCAAUGAACGUAAGAAUAAAACAAGGGUGGCUGAUGAGCUUGACCCCGAUGAUAUUGUCUUUGAAAUAGUGAAUGAGACGGACGUUAAGCGUCCGGUGCCUGUUCAAUCAUUGGAUAUACCGUUAUCUGAUGGAGACAACAUCACUACACUCGAAACGACGGAUGUUCCACCUGCAAAAUCAAACGAAGAAACCACGACGCAACCGUUAUCAACAACGGAAGUACCAAUAGAAGCAACAAAAAUAGCAACAACAGCAACAAUAACAACCAUUUCUACUUCGUCGUCGUUAGACCCAGAUAUGAAACAGAACACACUCUAUAGUGCUGGGCGUGAUCACAAAGAAGACACUAAAGAUGUUGAUGCUGAUCUUCCGAAGAAAGGACUUUAUAGACACAAGAUUAGCUCAAACACCCCAAAACCUACGAAAAUUGAAACCACAGCCUAUUUGGAGAGCGGGCAUGCUAGCACUAUGCAUGGAAAGAAGAAAACUUCUGUGAAAAAAGUGAAAACAGACAAUAGUUUUAACGGUAGACUCGGGCUAUUGGAAAAUGCUAUUCCUACAAUCCCAAAAGAGCUGCUAUAUGAUAGACAGGUUCCAGGAUUUACGAGUAAACCAAGAUCUUCGACAAAACACACCCAUUCAGGGAAUCAAAGUAAGAAUGUGAAAUCCAAUCAUGAUUUGACAAGCAAAAAAGACUCUAAACAUUCUGGCAAUGGUGAGACAAACACAAAAGUGAAAAACGACGAUGACUUGAGGUUAGAGUCAGAUGAUGACUUUACUGGUCAAGACUUACCGAAAUUGUUUCAGAUUUUGAAUGAAUAUAACAAACCAUGGACACUACGAUGAAACAUAUUGCAUUUUUAGAUUUAUUAUUCAAUUAAUUGUUUAGAUGCAUUUCCUAAACAGUCUUUUGAAACAUAUUUGAUGCAUGAAAAAGUUGCACAGAAGAUGAGAAACGGGUUAUGCAUAUCUAUGGGAAGAGCUUGUGUGCAUGUUUCUCCCUUUUAUGACACAAUUGGAUAACAUGUGUCUAUCGGAAACUGUAUUUAUAUUUUUAUUCUCUGCUGCUGUGAAAACGAACUGUGCAACAUCUUCAUCCCAAUAAGCUAGUUACCAAAGUUUCAUUAACUUAUUUUCUGAUCUACCGUGGUAUAUCCAUCUGUUGAAUGACUCCAUAUACAACUGUUUUGCUGUAGUGUCAGCAAUUUACGCUGUCUUCGUUAUAAUCUUUGUAUUUUGUUGCGUAUAAAUGAAAUAUAAUCUUUCGGAACCAGAGAUUUAGAACCUUUCAUAAAGUUUUGAAGCCAAACAGAAUUUAAGUACCAUGGCGUGAGAGUUUAUGUGUGUGGUUGUCUGUGUGUGUGCGUGUGUUUGUAGAUGAAAUGACACCAAUCAUUAACCAUUAUUGGUCAUUGACAUCUACGUUAUUGGAUAUUUUAUAUGCAGCAAGAUAAUAGGAUAUUUCAAAUGUUAAUUCUGUUCAUAUCAGAUAUCUAUAUAUUUUUAAUUUCAUUAUUUAAAUCUUUGAACCCUCGGCCUUUUUAACAUGUAUUUAUUAUUUUUCAUACUUAUUAUAUGUAAGUCUAGAUCUAUAAUCCUAAUUUAUUUCUGCUUUCUCUAAAAACACAAUUGAUGUUGAUACGAACUUCCAUUGUUUGUAUAUAUGAAAAAUAAAAUAUUCAU